GCCGGGGCCACGGGAGGAGACCAGCUCUGGAGAUCCGCAGAGAGACGUCCCUCUGAGACAGGGAAUAGAGGAGACCACGCCCUUCCAGCCCCGCUGGGCCCACCCCGCCUUUCCAUAUGUGAACAGCACCUUACACCCCUUCUUCAGGAAUCCCUACCAGCAUGGAGCCCAGCGUGAAUGAACAGGAGUUCUCUUUCCCGUCCUCUUCAGUCUGGGAUUCCUACUCGGAGUAGUGGGCAAUGGCCUGGUUAUCUUCAUCGCUAGCUUCUGGAUGACGAAGACGGUGGCCUCUAUCUGGUACCUCAACCUGGCCGUGUCCGACUUCAUGUUCACCUCCUUCCUCUUCAUGGAGGUGGCCUAUGCAGCGCUGAACUUCUACUGGCCCUUUGGCCAGACACUGUGUAAGAUCCACAGCGCAGUGUCCUUCCUCAACCUCUUCGCCAGCAUCUUCCUCCUCACCGUCAUCAGCGCCGACCGCUGCAUCUCCAUGGCCUGGCCGGUCUGGGCCCACAACCACCGCUCGCCCCGGCUGGCUUUCUGGGUGGCUGCAGCUGUUUGGUUUGCAGCUUUGGCUCUCAGCACACCGUAUAUCGUUUUCCGGGAUUUAGGAGCUUCCCUCUUGAGGGGGGACAUCACCCUCUGCUACAACAACUACAUCCCAGUGGGGAACUUCACUAGGGAGAAGGAGGCCACAUUGUGGGAGCAUCGACACCGGGCCAUGGUGCUCACCUGCCUUGUGACUGGGUUCCUGGUGCCAUUUGCCAUCAUCCUGACCUGCUACGGAGUCAUCACGGCCAAACUGAUGAGGAACCAUGUGGCCCGCUCUGCCAGACCCUACAAGAUAAUGGUGGCCGUGGUGAUGGCCUUCUUCCUCUGCUGGUUCCCCUACCACCUCUCCAUCCUAUUGGCCAUGUUGGCAAAGAGGGUAACUCCAGCAAUACAAGUGCUCCUUGAUGUCGCGCUUCCCUUGGCCUCCCUGAAUAGCUGCCUCAACCCUGCCCUGUACGCCUUCGUGAGCUGGGGCUGCAAGGACACGCUGUGGCUCUCCGUGGUCUUUGCCUUCCAGAAGGCCUUCAGUGACGCUGAGGUCCAGGCCAUCCUCCCCAGCAAGAACCAGGACAGCAGUAGGUCAAAGGUGGAAUUGCCCCCAUUAUGAUCAGGCUACUCACCUCUUCCUUCCCCAAGCUGUGGAUAGAACCAAGGAGUCCUGGCUCCCAGACCCUCCUGCUCUGUUCACCAGACCCCACUCCCCUCCUGGAGCUAACACCUAGCUUGGAUGGAAUCCUGCUUGAGGCAAACAAUAAAAGCCUCAGUUUUAACAUUGAUUCUGGCUCUGUUUUUCCUAAAAGAGGAAACAGCAAGGAAAGAGAAGCAGAACCUGCCACUUCCCCCAAUUUACAUUUGUCCACAGGAUUAAGGAGAGCCAGCCCGCUGGGGUCAGGAGUUCAGUUCCCAGCCUGUAAGCCAGCACUUCAGAUCAGGGGCUUCCGAUGCUGUAAAACCGUGCAUUUGCCUGUUUAGAUGAUAAAAUCUUUGGGACUGAUGCCCAGUGCCCCUGCUCUGAUGCACUAGCCCCCCUCUCUUCCAGAUCCAGGAGUCCAAGGCCAGAAAGGAUCAUUGUGCUCAUAUAGUCUGACCUCCUGGAUAACACAGGCCAUAGAAUUUUCUAAAAAAUUAUGUCUAGUGUUUAUCUUUCAGAAAAACAUUCAAUCUUGAUCUAUAAUUUGCCAGUGAUAGAGAAUCCAUUGCAAUUCUUGGUAAAUUGCUCCAGUGGUUAAUUACCCUCAUUGUUAAGCAUUGCCUGCCACAGUCUAUCUAUUAAGCCCUGAGAAGGAGGUGCAUGGCCAAGCUGAGGAGCCAGAAGAUGUUGACCAUCCUCUCCAUGAAGAAGCCAGGGAGGAAGAUGAUGUAGUCAUUCAAAAACAUCCUGGCGAGGAAGGUUAGGCCAAAGAGCAUCAGAAAGAUGUACAUCAUGUUACCUAUCAGCUCUGUGUUCUUGGGGAACCAGGGUGCACUACUCAGCAUCUCUGACUCAUGAAAGACCUUCUCUCCCCCCCACCCCGCACAGCUUCUGCUUGAACCAAAACUGAUCAGAAGAAAGAAUUUCAAAAAGCAAUGAAAAGGCUGUGGGAGACACACCUAAACCCCUGGGACAAGGGUGACAGGAUUAACAAAACUCUACUAGCCUCAUUUGCGUUGAAGAGGGGACAAGGAGGCAUCUCCAUUAGCAGACAGAAUAGAGAACAGAUUCCAAGGCAAGAACCACAUGGAACUCUGUGACCAGAAAAGCAGGGAAGCACUGCAUGAUGGGGGAUCUCUGCUCCAGAUGCAAAUGAACCCACACCUGCAGACCCCCAGCUCAUUAGUUAUCAGACCAAUUCUAGUAAUAAAUCCUUCAUUGGUAUCCAAAAUAGUGCAGCUCCCUAAUUGCAUUGUGAGCUCCCUCCAAGGAACAUUGCCCAUAACCAGGAAUGAUCAGCUCCCAUUGUCUAGCCUGAACAAAACUACUUUGGUGUCCUCCCUUGUUUACACAUCAACAAAUCUAGUGUUCUCCCUUGAACCAUUGUUGUUUGUCUACAAAAAUCCCGACCCACACUCAAGUAAGUGCUCUGAUGCCUGGUUUCAACAUCUGCAUCAGUUCCAUGGGGGAUUUCAUCUUCUCCUGACUGAUCAUGCUGGGGGCUCUGCCUGACUCCAGCACUCCGGUCCCUCAGCUACCACCAAAACCUGGGUCCCCCAGUCAAUUCAAGCUUCACAGAGUGGUAAAAAUCUCUCUCUUAGGUAUAGCCUUCUGACCCUGACUUGUGUGAUCAGUUAUAGUUUUCUAAACAUUACU